UGUAAAAUCUAAUUACACACUCUGUAAGAACACGUAUUGAUAUUUUAGCAUCACAGGUAUUAAUUCCAUACUACAUUUGAUUUUCCUCUUGUCAUCCAAAGGCCCUUUACGAAUGUGUGUGCUUGUUCCACAUACUGUAUAUAUACAUAUUUUUUAACUUGUGUCUGAGCAGCUCUUCUAUAUAUUCCUGCAGUUUUAGGCCUGAGCGGUUGGAUCUCCACAUCUCAUAGAAAGCAGGAUUUCCUGCUGUCCUUCUUCUCUACAGCCAUUCUCUCCUCAUCCGAACCCUCGCUGACCCCCUGGAGACUCCCAUCCCAUGAAAAGAGUCAGCGAAAUGCCACCAACCUCAUUUAAUACUCACAGAGGAACCUGAGACAGUCUUCAACUCUUGUGUGAUUCAGUUGAAUCCUCGGUCUGUCUUGUUGAGGGACAUUUCCUCUCAGGGUUCAUUAGGCAGGCGCAGAUGUAGCUAUUUAUAGUAGAUCAAAAACCUCUGAUGAAGGCGAUACAUUGAACUUUAAGCCUGUUUGUAUAAAUUAACUCUUAAAAUGAGUCCCCUGUCGUCUUUGAUUUAUUAAAAAUAGAUGAAUUACUUCCAUGAAGCUGCUGACGGUCAUGUUCUUGUUUAAUAGCAUCAGAGCUUGUUUCUCUUCCCUCCUCCUGCCUUCCCAUUCUCUGCCACUAGUUCUUAGAAGCUCGCGGCAUUUCCACCCGUUUGACCAAUGUGGCCCAUGUGACAGGAUGUCCAUCAGUGUGAUUAAGGAGGGACGACACCGUCUCUGUCAGUGCCUCUCUUCACACACCUUAACACUCACUCACAACUGGAUCCCUCUUCUCCACCUCCUCCUCCACUGGCUGCUGGACAUCAAGGAUAAUGUUACCCUGUUUACAUUUAGCUGUGGGUCUCUGUCUCCUGCAAGUCCUCUGCAUCACUGCUGAUGUAGACAGCGGCUCCUUCCUGAUCUUCAAUGAAGACCACAAGAAGUGCGUGAAGGUGGUAAGCGCCACUUCGGUCACGGCGGCUCCCUGUGAUCCUCACGCCAAAGAGCAGCAGUUCCGCUGGGCCUCGGAGUCGCGCCUCCUGAGCCUGUCCCUGAAGCUCUGCCUGGGGGCCACAGAGAUAAAGGACUGGGUGAAGGUGGUCCUCUUUGAAUGCGAUGAGAAAAAUAACCUGCAGCAUUGGCAGUGCAAGAACGAGACCCUGUUCGGACUGAAAGACCAGGACUUGCACUUGAACUGGGGCAAUCGCAAUGAGAGGAACAUAAUGAUCUACAAAGGCUCGGGUGUCUGGAGUCGCUGGUUGAUAUAUGACACCAAGGGUGACCUUUGCUCCAGGGGAUAUCAAGAGGUUUUCACAAUCGGGGGCAAUGCGUUCGGAGUGCCGUGUCAGUUCCCGUUUAAGUUCCAAGAGAAGUGGUACGCCGAGUGCACAAAGGACGGGCGCUCAGACGGACACCUGUGGUGCGCAACCGAGCGGGACUAUGAUACAACAAGGAAGUGGGGCUUUUGUCCAUCAAAACUACCCUCAGGUUGGGACACCGACCCAGUCACAGGGGUUCAGUAUCAGAGGAACCCUCAGUCGAUCCUGACCUGGCACCAGGCGAGGAAGAGCUGCCAGCAGCAGGAUGCGGAUCUCCUCAGCAUCGUCGAGCUCCACGAGCAGUCGUACAUUUCAGGCUUGACUAAUAAUCUGGGAACGUCUCUGUGGAUUGGACUGAACAGCUUGGACUUUGACAGUGGAUGGCAGUGGAGCAACGGAAACCCAUUCAGAUAUUUAAACUGGGCUCCAGGUCAUCCGUCUUCAGAGCCAGGCCAUACCUGUGCAACCAUGAACACUGCCAAAACCUCGAAAUGGGAAAGCAGCCUCUGCACCAAGAAGCUUGGUUACAUUUGCCGUAAAGGAAACUCUACGAAUCUACCCGCUCCACUAAUCAAGGACCAGCCCAGCUUCUGCCCCAGUCAAUGGGUUCCUUACGGAGGUAACUGCUACUACUUGGACAGGACUAAAAGGAUGUGGAAGGAUGCUUUGGCCACAUGCCACAAGGAGGGGGCAGACCUGGCCAGCAUACACAGCAUAGAAGAGCAGAGCUUCAUCAUCUCUCAGUCCGGAUAUUUGCCGACAGACGUGCUCUGGAUUGGACUGAACGACCAGAGGAACCAGCUGCUGUUUGAAUGGUCCGAUCACUCUCACGUCACCUUCACCCAGUGGCAGACUGGUGAGCCGUCUCAUGCCACCAACUUCCAGGAAGACUGUGUCCUAAUCAGCGGAAAGGACGGGAGGUGGGCAGAUCACAUGUGUGAGAAGACAUGUGGAUACAUCUGUAUGAAGAAGGCCUCGGUUAAACAGGCUGGAGGCUCUCAGGAAGAGGCCAACCCAGGGUGUCAGCAUGGAUCAGUCAGGUUUGGUUCAUACUGUUAUAACAUCGGAGCGGAGAAAAAAACCUUCGACGAGGCCAAGUUGGCAUGCUCAGAGGCCGGGGCUAGUCUGCUUGAUGUGGCUAACAGGUAUGAGAAUGCCUUCCUGGUCAGCCUGGUGGGUCUGAGGCCAGAGAAGUAUUUCUGGACCGGUUUGUCCAACAGGGUGAAUAGACACAUAUUUAAGUGGAGCAAUGGAAGACAGGUCACGUUCACUCACUUUAAUGUGGACAUGCCAGGCAUGAUAAAAGGAUGUGUCGCCAUGGCAACCGGUUCUUUUGCCGGACUAUGGGACGUCGUCAGCUGCUACGACAAGGAGAAGUACAUCUGCAAAAAACGGGCGGACGGCGUCCAGUUUUCGACAGUGGCGCCGACCACCGUGGCCCUGACCUGUGCAGCCGGGUGGAAGCCCGUCGCCAAAAGAAGCGUCUGCUACAAGCUUUACAAAAAAAAGGGCGAACUGAAGAAGACUUGGCACGAGGCGCGCAGCUUCUGCCAGGCCAUUGGCGGGGAUCUGAUGAGCAUACACAGCAUGAACGACCUGAGCUAUGUUUCGUUUUACGGCAAGGAUGCGGCUUGGAUCGGCUUCAACUCCCUCGGUGCCAGACAAGGCUUCGUGUGGACUGAUGAGUCACCUAAUGAUUUUGAUAAUUGGGGCUAUGGGGAACCAAACAACUACAAUAACAACGAACAUUGUGCAGAAGUCCAGUAUUACUACGGACGGCACUGGAAUGAUCGCCACUGUGAGACCUACAACGACUGGAUCUGCCAGAUACGCAAAGGUAUUCAACCCAAACCUGAACCUGCCAUUGUUGUACCAGUGUACAACACCACAGAAGACGGCUGGGUCAUAUACAACGACUCUCAGUAUUUCAUCAACAAUGACAAGCUUAGCAUGGAAGCAGCCAGAGCCUUUUGCAGGAAGAACUUCAGCGAGCUCGUAGUCAUCACCGGGGAGAAUGAGAGGAGGUUCCUGUGGAAACAGGUACAGAAAGGUAAUGAGGAACAGUACUACAUCGGUAUGAUAGUGAAUUUGGAUAAGUCAUUUAGCUGGCUUGAUGGCAGCCAAGUAACCUACACAGCCUGGGAGCACAACGAGCCCAACUUUGCGAACAACGAUGAGAAUUGCGUGACUAUAUACAAGAGUAUGGGUUACUGGAACGAUAUUAACUGUGGCCUCGAGCUGCCCUCUAUUUGCAAAAGAAGCAGUAGUUUCAUCAAUACAACAGUGGUUCCCACUACUGUUCCCAAGGGCGGAUGUGCACCAGAGUGGCUGACUUUCCAAGGAAAGUGCUACAAGUUUGUUUUUGGCCCUGAAAAGAAAGAUUGGCUUGGAGCCCGUACGCACUGCAUAAACCAAGGAGGCAAUUUAGUCUCCAUCCACGAUGAGAGAGAACAAGCAUUCCUAACAACACAGGUCAUUAAUUCUAAUGACGACUUUUGGAUUGGCUUGAAUGAUAUCAACUGGGAGAUGCGCUUUUUGUGGACAGAUGGCAAAGGCGUUUCAUAUACCAACUGGGCCAAAGGCCACCCAGCGUCAGUCCCCUACGAAGGACACCAGUUCUUGGACCCGACGUAUGACUGUGUGAUUAUGGUGGGCACCCGCUCCAAGCUUAUAGGCUACUGGGAAGUGAAGGACUGUAACUCACAAAAAGCAUUCAUCUGUAAAAGAAACAUCGAUUCUCAGAUUGCCGUCCUGCCCACCACUGCGCUACCGAGGGCUUUUCACAAGUUUGGCAAUGACUCCUACAAGCUGGUGGCCCAGAAGAUGAGAUGGGACGAGGCGAGGAGGCAGUGCCAAGCCGACGAUGCCGACCUGGCCAGCAUCCUGUCUCCUUUCAUCCAGGCAUACGUCACGCUGCAGAUUUCCAAACACAACGAGCCUGUGUGGAUUGGGCUCAACAGCAACGUGACUGGUGGUCGAUACAGGUGGGUCGAUAACUGGAUGCUGUCUUACGCCAAAUGGGGCAAAGAUGAGCCUAAAAUCAACUACGGCUGCGUGUAUAUGGAUGUGGACAAAACAUGGAAGACUGCACCGUGCACUAAUUCCUACUAUUCCCUCUGUAAGAGGUCACAAGAUGUAGCUCCCACUGAUCCCCCACAGCUUUCUGGCACCUGUCCAGAACCAAAGAAGCAACGGACCUGGAUCCCUUUUAGAGGCCAUUGCUAUGUCUUCCUCAGCUCCAUGGCAGAGAGCUGGGCCCGAGCCACCGUGGAAUGUCUGAAAAUGGGCGCUUCUCUGGUCAGUAUUGAGGACCCUCUGGAGAGUCGCUUCAUACAACAGAAUCUGGAGGUUCUGAAGGAUAGUGCCAGAGCCUUCUGGAUCGGCCUGUACAAAACCUACGAGGAUGAGUGGAUGUGGAUCGAUAGCAGCGUCUUGGACUACACCAACUGGAAAAAAGGAAUGCCAAAGUCAGGCAUGUGCGUAGACAUAGAUUCUGAAAGUGGAGAGUGGAAAACAAACACCUGCCUCGAAUACAGAUCCUACAUUUGCAAAACACCCAAAAUCAUUAAACCCACAGAGAAGCCUCCGUCUAUUGACCAUGUAAUUGAAGAACCGACCCAUGGCUCCGCUGGAGUGACUGUGGCUGUGAUACUGAUUGUAGUGGCCAUCGCUGGACUUGGCGCCUUCUUUUUCGUUCGUAAAAAGAUCCCGCCCCGCGUCCUGGGAGAAAGCGCCUUUGACAACAAGUUGUACUUCAACAAUCCCAUGCGAUCGUCCGUGGACACCAAGGACCUGGUGGCCAACAUCGAGCAAAAUGAACAAGCGUAGAGAGAGUCGGCCUCAGGGACACAAUCAGUGACAUCACCGUCAUGAGGGAUUUCUUCCUUGAAACUGAGUGCUGCAGUGUUUUCCAUUUUCUAAAGGACUGGAUCAAAUCUACUGGUCAUUAUAAUUGUUAUGAUAAGUGGUAAAAGCACUGACGAGAUAAUAUGUGUAAACAAUUUAAGAUUAACUUUAUUGUGAAGUGGAAAUGUGGACAAGUGUUUUUAACUAAUCAACAUGAAAACAAGUGUAACAAUUUAAAGAUGUUUGUAAUAUAAUUAAUCUUUCUCAGCUAUUUUGCUUCGUUCGUUGUUUAAAAGCUUGUUUCAAGCUUAGGUUGUAGAUAGAUUCUCAAUAAAAAUGUUAGAAACAACUAAA